UCCACCGCCUCACAUAGCAAGCACUCGACAAUUUCUUUUUCGUAGCAAUGGAGAUUGAGUUGACAUGUCCUGUUUGCUUGGAUCUUUUUCAAAGGCCGAUCGUUCUUCCAUGUUCGCAUAACCUCUGUACACCAUGCGCGCGGAAAAUCUUGGAGCCAAACGGAGCGCCAAAGGCAUGGGCGAAAUGGGUGAAGGAAAACAGGAGCGCGGACUAUAAGUCGCACUUGGAACCCGAUGUAAAAUGUCCAACAUGUCGACGCAAAAUACCUUUCGAUCCAAAAGGUGUUGAUGGUCUACCUCGAAAUUUGAUUUUGGAGAACGUAAUUGAAAGAUUCAAGGAAGAGAGAAAAACUCCAGGUCAAGCACAGGAGGAACCUCUUCUGUGUCAAUUCUGCGAAGAUUACUCCCCUCAAAAAGCUACUUUGAUGUGCAACGAGUGUGCCUUUCUCUACUGUGGAACCUGUUUCGAUGCGUGCCAUCCCAGCAAGGGCCCUUUAGCCGACCAUACCAUAGGGCCUGCUAUAGCCAAGCCCACAAAGCGUCAAGAAAAGAGCAUGCAAUGUCAGCAACACAAAGAAGAGAAACUGGCUCUGUACUGCUUUGCAUGCAAAGAGCCGGUGUGCUAUUUGUGCAAAGAGUAAGGCACCCAUAAGGGGCACAAUGUGGAACUGCUAGAGCCCGUAUUUAGAAAUGCAAAAGAGGAGUUGGCGAGAACAUUAGGAACGCUGACAAGGAAGAAUUACCAUGUACAAAAGUCUCUUCAGUCCUUAGAGGGGAUGUGCACUAUUGCCAAGAAGUCUGGUUGUGACGUUGAAGCUCAUGUCAAGAGGGAAUGCGACUCACUGAUUGCUAUAGUGGAAAAAAAGAAAGCGGAGCUAUUUAAAAGAGUAGGUGAUGAAUAUCAAGAUAAACUAGGAGAACUUAGCGAUGCCAUGCACCAGUGUGAAAAUAUACUGUUACAAGGUGACGGCUUGGCUGAGUUCACACAAGAAGCUUUGAAGGAGGAUAACCCCGCAACUUUCCUUCAGGUAAUGAUGAAUGUAUACUGGAACGGAAAACUACAGACCGACGAUUCCCGCCCUGGGGGACCCUCUCUGAUGGGCGUGGUCGGACCUGUAAGGCCGGCCUUUACCGUGUAUGGAAGUACUGUGCAGCUGAGUUUACAGACUGGACUUGAGAGACCAGCUGCAUACCCUGAACCUCCUGUUAUUCACCUCGAACAGUGCAGCGUAGAGAACACGAGAAUCAACUUAGUGUGGUCUCCCCCAGAAAACUGCAACGUGGACUGUUACAUCGUAGAGAUCGACACCCUAGAUCGGGAGGGGGACAUCCAUCAGGAGCGUAACUUCAUUAAGGUGUACCAAGGACCACGCACCAAGUACACACUCAGGGGAUUGGACUACAAUGUUACUGUUCUCGCGCGUGUAAAAGCCUUGAAUACCGCUGGCGAAAGUGAACCGAGUGAUGAAGUUUCGCUAUCGACUGAAAAGGGUGUUAUUUUCAAAUUGGACAAAGAAUCUUUGCACGAAUCACUCCGCCUGUCUGCUGGAAAUCUGAAAGUAAAACAAAACAACAUGGUACACGGGAACGCCUUUGGUACAGCGUUCCUGGCCGAUGGCUGCCACUACUGGACGAUAAAUAUUGACAACUUUAAAGGAGAAAAUUCUUUUAUAGCUGUUGGGGUCGCCAAAAAGAUUACCCAGGAUUCCAUUCUGGGGAACACUUCUGGAUCUUACGCCUUACAAAUCUUCGAAGGUACAACAGCUCGAACUGAGAACGCCAAGCACAAGAUUCAGAUUAAAAGAAAAGCAAAAGACCUGAAGGACAGUAGCCUUGGUGUUUUCCUGGACCUAAACAAUCAGUUCCUCAACAUUUACCUUGACGGGGAACUUCAAACGGACAUUGGUCGUCCUAAGGGUCCUAGUUUUAAGGGGCUGAGUGGGGAAUUCUGUGCGGCCCUGUGUCUGUAUGGAGCCAAAGUGGAGAUGACCAUGGUAACAGGGAUAGCCACUCCUUCAGUUCCAGACUCUCCAGCAUUCAACAAGGCCAGAUGUAAAGUGAACAACACAACAGUGUUACUUGGCUGGCUGGCUCCGGAAACAAAAUGCUGUGUUGAUUAUUAUGUUCUUGAAGUGGACAUGGUAAAAAGCUCCGAGUUUGCAACACGAAGGAAGAAGGACCGCAAGUUUAAACGACUGUACGAGGGUGCCGCGCGUGAAUACGCGCUGUACAGUGUACCUUAUAGUGUAAAUGUCAUUGCGCGCGUGUUCGGCGUGAAUCCGACUGGUGAAGGAACUCCGAGUGAGGAGCUAAUUCUUUCAACGCCAACAGGCUUAUACUUCCAACUGGAUUCAUCAUCAGCGAAUCACGACUUGGAACUAACCAAUGAAAAUUGUACUGUGAGUCUGAAAAGUCCUAUGUACACUUUCAUUUUGGGAAACGUGAAAUUAUCUACUGCUUGUCAUUACUGGAGAGUUCACGUGGAUGAAUUCAACUCCCACAACAAACUCUCAAUCAUCGGUGUCGGUGUCGCCCGAAAGGCUCUUGAGGACCCAAUCUUAGGCGAAGAUUCUGAUUCUUAUGCCGUACAAAUCAACGAACAUCCGAACGUUUCGUGUUCAAACACGAAGAACCGAGUGCAGAUCAAGAGGUCGUCAAAGGAACUUACUAACACAAAUAUCGGCGUACUGUUGAACUUAGAUGAAUACUUUUUGAAUUUGUAUCUAAACGGCAAACUCCUGACGGAUCCAUCCAGACCGAAUGGGCCGACAUUUGUAGGUUUAUUGGGGGAGUUUUAUCCUGCGCUGAGUCUUUACGGAACAAAUGUUAAAUUGACCGUUUACACUGGAGAGUCGUACGAUGAGUGACCGGGCUAAAAUGCA